UCACUGCCUGCUGAUUCCAAAAAUAUGGCUCAGACUGCAACAAGUGCUUUUCUGACACUUCUUUUCCUUACUUCACUUUCCAAAGCAUCUGAGGAUGAUAUGCCGUCAAAUUGCUCCAAGUUGAAAAAAAACAGCUGGCGGGAUUACCUGAGGGGAUCUAAACAUGAGAUUCAGUUUUUGCUGUUCACCCGUGAGAAUCCUGAGUGUGGGCAAAUAUUCAAUGAUCAAGCCGAAAUUUUAAAUUCUACCUUUAAUUCUACUCUUGGCACAAAAUUUAUAAUUCAUGGAUUCAGGGUUGUCAGUACCACACCAUCGUGGAUAAAUGGAACAGUCAAAGCACUGCUCCAUGCUGCGGAUGUGAAUGUAGUCGUGGUUGACUUUAAUGGAGGGGCUACAUACUCGUCUUUUGUAGACAAAAUGAACUCAACGAGUCUACAAGUUAGCAGAAUCAUCAGUUAUCUCAUUGCUCUGGGAAGCACACAAGAUUCUAUCCAUCUCAUUGGUCUCAGCCUUGGAGCACAUCUGGCAGGAUUUGUUGGGUACCUUCAUGGAGGCAGACUGGGGCAAAUCACAGGACUGGACCCUGCAGGCCCACAGUUCACAGGUGCAAGCAUUGAUGCACGCCUUGAUCCAACUGACGCCAUCUUUGUAGAAGCCAUACAUACUGAUAUAGAUAAUCUGGGAAUAAGAAUACCAGUUGGCCACAUUGACUACUUUAUUAAUGGGGGCAAAGACCAACCUGCAUGUCCAAGUAAUCCAUUGUCAUUUUUCAGAUACAUGACAUGUGACCAUACACAUGCUGUUCACAUUUACAUGAAUGCCAUCAAAGCCGUCAACAGUUCUUGUCAUAUGUUUGGUAUCCCUUGUUCAAGCUAUGAAGAGUUUAUUAAUGGAAACUGUCUGGACUGUUUUGACCCUUUCCAACAGUCCUGCCCAAGAAUAGGGUUGGAGAAACAUGGGGGAAUAACGGUGGAAGCGCUGCCUCAGCAGGUGAAACUGUAUCUAAUGACAAGUCCCACGGCUCCAUUCUGCGCAUACCACAGUCUGAUAGACUUGCAUAGUGACACAGACAGAACAAAGAAUACUGAAGUGGAAAUUAUACUUUACAGCAAGGCUUCCACUGAUAAAGUCACAAUCACUGUACCCAAGAAGACAUACCACUUUAAAAGAGUUAUCACCCAUCAGGAACCCCUGUGCAACGUUCACACACUGCAGCUCAGGUACAGAGUAAAGUUAUUCAGCAGACUGUCUGGGAAUAAAGAAGAAAACAUAAACAUUGCCAAAAUCUGCAUCCAAGAGCUCCCAUUUAAUGACAGUGAAAAGACCAGGGCCUGCUUUAUAAAUAUACAUCUGCCUUUAAAUACAAAGGUAAUACACACUGUGAAAACUGAAUGCAGAUGAAGGAGAUCCAGAAACUGUUACUGUAUGGAGACUGAAUACCAUUGAAAUAAUUGGCAGCUGCUAGCCAUACUGCUCAUGGUAACCUGGUUUAGAAAUAACCAUUGGAAAGAAGACUUUGCAUUCAAACCGAUGCUUAUUUCACAUUACAGAAUGUAGUGUUUGUACUGUUAGUUACUAAUUAAUUAUAAUUCUACAGGACACUAUAGGGGACUAAAGUAUAUUUUCUUUAUUUUUGGUAUGGAUUAAUGACUGUGUAUUGUUUUCUACAAAACACUUCAUUUUUAAACUUAUGCUGCCAUUGUUUGAGGGUUGAUAGCAUACCUACUACCUAACCUGUGCAACAAUAGAUUAACCAACACACAGCUAAUGGUCAGAAAUGAGACUGGUGAAGCUAAGCUGAAGAAAUAUAUUAGGUUCCAUUCCUUUUUCUUGACACAUGUGUUCUUAUUCCAGCUGGAUGCUACAGGAAAAAAAUAAUAUGGGUGAUUCAUGCCUGGGGUAUUGUCAUAUAUAUUAAAUUGAAAUCCUAUCUGCCUUUCCUACUGGUGGUUGUUAGGUGUUAAAGAUCUAGUGACAUAUACUUUAUGAUCAGUAUGGAUAUUUGCUUAGUGCCCUAGCUGUUGUCUCCUUUCACUCUUCUACCAGAGAUACAUUAGGUACCUAGGUCCUUGCUGAUUAAAACAAAUAAAAAUGCCAGAGACUAAAUGCUUGAUACUCCUAGUCAUAUCAUAGACAUAUGUCUAGCAAUCAUCUAAAAAGUAUCAGCUAUAUAAAACUUUACCACAAAUGAAUACUAUGUCAGUGUCCAAGGAUGGCAUUGCACUUCUAUUGUGGAUAACCAGAAAGCUGCAGACAAACAUUUUAUUGUUGGUCAGAAGAGUAAGUUAUUUUUUUUUCACAGGUGGUAAGCAAUCUCAGUAAUGUACAGGCCAGUGGAUGUCUGUUGAAUGUUUUAUUUAUAACAGCUUUAUUCAAUCUUGUUCUCAGUAGUACAUUCAUUUCCUUUGCAGAUGAGCUAGACAGAAUGUGGAGAAACAUAAUUAAAUGUAUUAUCUUCUAAUAGUAGUUCAUUAUAAUUUAUAGUGCCAGAUUCAAAGGAAAAUAUGAUCAUUCAGAUUUAAACAAAUGGUUAAAAUGGAAUGGAAAACAUCUUAAAGAAGAAUGAUGUCAUAACUACAUCUAAUGACAUCAUCUUUCAGAAGGAAUGCAAAUUGAGUAUAUGAGUCGUGUGGUUUAUCUACCAUAAGGACUUGAUAAUAUUACACGAGAGGUAUCACAUCCUUUGAUUUUAUCUUGGAUAAAGUACUACCCCAUGGUUUUGUAAUGAGCCUGUUUAACAACAUGUUUAAAAAAUAAAAAAUAUAAUAACAAAUGCAGAAACAAAAGAUCACCAUCACUAUUCAUUGUUAAGAUACGACUAUAAUCACAGGAAUAAAUAUCUUAAGAGAAGUUACAUUAGUCUCUCCUCAAGAUUUCACAGUUCAGAAAAAAAUCUAAUCAUAAAAAGUGUGUACUUUCAAUGUUGCUCAUCUAUGGAAAAAGUCACUAUGAAAGGUUGUGUAAAGUUAACAUUUCUGAGUGAAAGUCAGCUUAGAACAUACUCUAAGCUAUCAUUUCUCGAGUACUUAAAAAUAGAUUUCUGACAUGAAAAAUUAUGUGAAAUCCUUCUCACAUAAAAAGAAUGGGCCAGAUUCCUUAACACCUAAACUAAAUGUAGAUGAUAUGUGAGAACAUCCUUAUCACAUUUUUAGUGCUUUCUACUAGGUACAUGGGUGGUAACCUCUAUGAAUCCCUGUUGAUAUUUAAAGCUGCAGGAAAAUCAGUAUCAAAAUUAAAAUUAGGAGGAAGAAGGUGUGAGUUAUGUCUCUGUUGUCUGUUCAGUCAGAAUGGUGUACACAUAGUGCACACUUAGUGAAAGUGUUUUUGAAUCCCAGGGGGUAUCUUUUUUGGAAAUAAUUAUGAAAAUGUGCUGUAUUUCAAACAUUAAACUAGAGGAAGCAUUAGGAUGGUAUGACAGUGUCAGCUGGUAUAAAAAUAACUGUGUCUUCCAAAACAAGAAUCAAACUACAGUCAUGUCACAAAACCAUUUCUUUAAGUUCAUAUUAACCAGUUAUGUUACACUAGACACAAGUGCCUGUUCCAAGAGUGAACCAGGUACUUUGCAUUUCUCAGAUAACGUAUUCAGGGUUACAUAAUGUGCUACUGUGGGUUAAGAGAAUAAAACUUAUUGUACAAGAAUGAAGUCUGUUUACAAAUUAUUGCUUUUGAUGGCUAAGUUAUAUAUAAAAACUAAUAGACAGAUUAUGUAAAUCAAUAAUACCCUGAUCAGGGCCAUAACUAAAGUAAAAAAAAUAAGCACACAUACACACGCACACGCAUGCAUGCACACACACAUGCACACACACACAGCCAUCAAUUAUGUGAUUCAUUAUAGUACACUAUAGUGUAAAAUGUUCGAUCCUCGGCUGGGGUGCCUUCUGUGCGGAGUCUGCAUGUCCUCCCUGUGGUCGCGUGGGUUUCCUC